AACCAUUCUUACAUUACACAUUGAAGAAAAAUAGUAGUGAAGAAAGAUGGUGUUAAUUGAAAAGCUUUGGGAUGAUGUUAUGGCUGGACCUCAACCUGAUAAAGGCCUUGGCAAACUUCGAAAGUCCAUUACUCUAAUCCAAACUCAUGGUGGGGAAGGAGGAGAAGGAUCAAACAAGAGCUACCAAAGGUCUUUGUCUAUGUCGGGCUUGGGGAGCCCAGGGACACCAGGAACUCCGGUGACUCCAAACACUCACUCCCCAUCUGCUGCGCGUAAAGACAAUGUGUGGAGGAGCGUGUUCAAUCCAGGUAGGAACAUUGCCACCAAGAGAAUUGGUGCUGAAGUCUUUGACAAACCUUCUCACCCCAAUGCGCCCACUGUUUAUGACUGGCUCUACAGUGGGGAUACCCGAUCCAAGCAUCAGUGAGAAAAGAAAAAAUAAAAGAUUUUGGAUCGUGACGAAGCGGUACUUGAAUAAUGUUGCAUGUAAAUAACAUAUUUUCCUUUUAAUGUACGAGUUGCUGUGCUACAGAAACAUGGAGAUUAAUAAGUGGAUGUUAAUCCUAUGUUUUCUGUUAAUGCAUUGUUAUAAGUAUUAAUUAACUAUUACUUAUUAAUAUAUAUGUAAUUAGGUUAUGAAAGCUAACUUGAGCAUAUUCAGUGGCUUUCUAGCUACUGCUACUACUAUUAUAUCCAUUAGUAGUAGACUAGUAGUACUAUAUCAUAAUUAAAAAAACUAUGAUGUUUUGUUAUGUAUUUUGGAAUAAUAAUAAGUUUGAUGUGUUUAUUGUUAA